ACUAAAUGAAACAUACUACAAUAAAUCAAGAGUCGUAAUAAUAAUAAAGAAAUGCCGGCGAUUGGUCGUAAACUCUAUAAUUAAGUUUCUCCGGCAAUGGCGUCGGCAUUUUCCAGAAAACUUUUACUCACAUCCUCCAUUAGUUAUCGCUUCAUCUCUCAAUCGAUCCGACGACUCCAUUGAAACUUAGAUGAUGGUUAAUCCAGGGGAUCCUGUCAAACCAAGCUGGCAGCGGAAACUCGAUGAUGAAAAUAAAGUUCCUUCACAGUUUGGCAUUAGCGUUCGAGAAUUUGUUCAAUUGGCCCCUGUAGGUUAUCGCCUGUGGCGCCAUGUCCGAGAAGAAACUAGCAAAGGAAGGGGGGCAAUUAUUGAUCCUUUCUUCAAGCGUUUUGUCACAUCUGACCAUGGAGUUCCUCUUGGAGGAAUUGGAGCUGGAAGCAUAGGGAGAAGUUACAAAGGCGAGUUUCAGCGCUGGCAAGUUUUUCCUGGAUCAUGUGAAGAUAAACCUGUUUUGGCAAACCAAUUUUCAGUUUUUGUCUCACGUCCAAAUGGUGAAAAGUAUUCUUCUGUACUGUGUCCACAAAAUCCUGAGAUGCUCAAGGAAACUACUGCAAAAGGCAUUGGAACUUGGGAUUGGAAUUUAAAAGGAAGCAACUCUUCUUAUUAUGCCCUCUACCCAAGGUCGUGGACUGUAUAUGAUGGUGAACCUGAUCCAGCUCUUAGUAUUGUUUGUCGUCAGCUUUCACCGAUUAUUCCCCACAAUUACAAGGAGAGCAGCUAUCCUGUUGCAGUAUUUACUUUCACGCUAUCAAACUUUGGAAAUACAGCUGCAGAUGUGAGCUUGCUUUUCACAUGGGCGAAUUCUGUGGGUGGAAAUUCUGGAACUACUGGUAAUCACUACAACUCAAAGAUCACGAUGAAGGAUGGCAUUCGUGGUGUAGUUUUACAUCAUAGAGCAGCAGAUGGAUGUCCCCCUGUUUCCUUUGCUAUUGCAGCAGAGAACAAAGAUGGGGUUCACAUCUCAGAGUGUCCGUGCUUUGUUAUUUCUGGAGAUUCUGAAGGUAUUACUGCAGAGGACAUGUGGCAAGAGGUGAAACAGCGUGGAUCCUUUGAUAAACUUGACUGUCCUGAGACUUCAUCUCCAUCAAAGCCUUCAUCUUGCAUAGGAGCUGCAGUUGCGGCUUCAGUUAAGGUGCCAUCAGGGUCAACCCGUGUUGUUACAUUUUCAUUAUCAUGGGAUUGCCCUAAAGCUACAUUCUUUAGAGGAAAAACAUAUCACCGGCGCUAUACAAAGUUCUAUGGCUCUUCUGGCAAUGCAGCGGCAGAUAUUGCACAUGAUGCUAUAAGAGACCAAAAGCACUGGGAGUCCCAGAUUGAAGCAUGGCAGAGGCCUAUACUUGAAGACAAGCGAUUUCCAGAAUGGUAUCCAGUUACUCUUUUCAAUGAACUCUAUUAUCUUAAUGCUGGGGGCACUGUGUGGACAGACGGAUCUCCUCCACUCAAGAGUACAAGGACUAUCGGAGAACUGGGAGUUGAGCAGUUAAAUACAAAAUUUGUAAGCACUACCAAUGUCUCAACACAAAAUGAUACUGCUGUGGAAAUCCUUCGGAAAUUGACUUCAAUACUGGAGCAAGUACACAAAACACCUAAAUCCAAUUCUGCUUUUGGUCCAAAUUUACUUUUAGAAGGGGAAGAAAACAUCGGUCAAUUUCUUUACUAUGAAGGGAUUGAGUAUCAUAUGUGGAAUACCUAUGAUGUUCAUUUCUAUGCGUCUUUUGCUUUGGUAAUGCUAUUCCCAAAGCUUGAACUUAGCAUUCAAAGAGAUUUUGCUGCAGCAGUUUUAAUGCAUGAUCCUAGUAAAAGGAAACUUUUGAUGGAUGGGAAAUGGGCAUCGAGAAAAUUUCUUGGUGCUGUCCCUCAUGAUAUUGGGCUUAGUGAUCCAUGGUUCGAAGUAAAUGCUUACAGCCUCCACAACACAGACCGAUGGAAAGAUUUAAACCCAAAAUUUGUUCUCCAGGUAUACAGAGAUGUUGUAGCCACAGGUGACAAGAAAUUUGCACAAGCUGUUUGGCCUUCUGUUUAUGUGGCGAUGGCCUACAUGGAUCAAUUUGACAAGGAUGGAGAUGGCAUGAUUGAGAAUGACGGCUUUCCUGAUCAGACAUAUGACACAUGGUCGGUCUCCGGUGUGAGCGCAUAUUGUGGGGGGCUCUGGGUUGCAGCACUUGAAGCUGCUUCAGCCCUAGCUGGAGAAGUUGGCGAUAAGGGUUCACAGGACUACUUUUGGUUCAAAUUUCAAAAAGCUAAGGCUGUUUAUCAGAAGUCAUUGUGGAAUGGCACAUAUUUUAAUUAUGACAACAGUGGUGGUAGUAACAGUGCGUCGAUUCAAGCUGAUCAAUUGGCUGGUCAAUGGUAUGCACGAGCAUGUGGUCUAGCGCCAAUUGUUGAUGAGGAAAAGGCAAAAUGUGCCCUUGCCAAUGUUUUUGAGUUCAAUGUGAUGAAGUUGAAGGAUGGACGGCGAGGGGCUGUGAAUGGAAUGCUUCCUGAUGGAAAUGUAGACAUCUCGUCAAUGCAGUCGAGGGAGAUAUGGUCUGGUGUCACUUACGCUGUUGCUGCCACCAUGAUUCAAGAAGGAUUACUGGACAUGGGUCUUCAGACUGCGUAUGGAGUUUUUGAAGCUGUCUGGUCACAAAAAGGACUUGGGUACUCAUUUCAAACCCCUGAAGCUUGGAAUACCACUGGUCAGUACAGGUCACUGUGCUAUAUGCGCCCGUUAGCCAUAUGGGCAAUGCAAUGGGCGCUGUCGAAGCCAAAACCUGCAGAGCUGGAGAUAAGGCCUGAAGUGAAAGAAGAGUCUUUGGCUAAGUAUCACUUGGGAUACUCGAAAGUUGCCAGUCUUUUGGAGCUCCCAAAGGAAGAAGAUUCUCCAGGUCUGGUGAAUGUUAUUUAUGACAAAACUUGCAGAAGGAUGUGGAAUUGACUACAUAUUGUUUCAUUAUGCUAUGGAGCAUUGCUAGAGCCCAGAAAGGGUUUAUUUAAAUUAGUCGAUUUCCAAAUCGAGUUCCCAUUUAUACAAAGAGUGAUUUUCUGGUAGGUGAUUGGAGUUUUUAUUUACAAAUUGAUACAAGACAUAGCAUUGGUAUCAUUCCCAUCCGAUUGUGCAAAGCUAUGUGAUUGGAGUUAUUAUUUACAAAUCGAUACAAGAAAUAGCAUCGGUAUGAAUCCCAUCCGAUUGUGAAAAGCUAUGUCAAUCGACUUGUAUUGUUCAUAGUAUAAUAUAUCUCGGAGAUUUAUAUAUUUGCGUUUGUUGUAAAUUGAAAUUUGAUGAAAAACUAUGUUCACUACAAAGCAAAGUUUCCAUGUUUUAGACUACUGAUGUACUCUUAGAUUACCUUUUAGUGUUCUUGUCCUCUUACUUCUCCCGUUUAUUUUAUUAUUAGUUUUUUUGUUUUCUUUAUUGUGUAGUUAGUUCUACUUAUUUAUUUUAUUUAUAGGCAUUUAAUUUAUCUUUUUCGUGUAGUUACGUCUCUUUACCUUUCUCGAGUCAGUGGACUCCUUUGACCGUGCUCUCCUUUAUGGGUAUGAGUUGUCGCCGUUCUUUUCUUCCCAGAUCCUGUCCAUAGUUUAUCUAUGAGCGGAAUACAUUGGGUAAGAUGACGAUGAAGUUAUUUUGUUCAACUAAAGUUUGCGGCAUUUUGACUCUCGAUUCUUAAAAUUAAAAUUUUAACAUUAUUGUUGCCGUUAUAAAGUGACAUCACCGCCAUUCAUAUGCAUCACGGUUUUCAUUUAUCACCCUCAAAAGAUGAAAUGUUUAUAAUGUUUUAACCUAAAGCUGAUUUCAACAUAU